AUGUCUGCUACAUUGGGUACUUUUAAAAUACCAGAAAUUCUUAAUGAACCAAUGAAAAACUAUGAAAUUGGUAGUAAUGAUCGAAUUAAACUUCUUGAUGCUUUAAAAGAAUUAAGAGCUCAAGCUCCAAUAGACAUUCCUGUUUUAGUGAAUGGUAAAAAGUAUUAUACUGGUAAAAUACAAGAACAAAGAAUUCCAUCAGACCAUGCAGUUGUACUAGCAAAAGCUCAUGAAGCUGAUCCAAAUAUCAUAAAUGAAGCAAUCGAGGGAGCACUGAUAGCUAAAAAAAAUUGGGAAACUUUACCAUUUAGCGAUAGAUCUGCUAUAUUCUUAAAAGCUGCUGAUUUAGUUGCUAAUAAAUAUCGGUUUAAAUUGAUGGCUGCCACAAUGCUUGGUCAGGCAGAAAUAGACGCUUCUGCGGAACUAGUAGACUUUUGGAAAUUUAAUUGUCAAUAUGCGCAGGAUAUAUAUCAACAACAACCGCCUAGAAAUGCAUCUGGAACUUGGAACAGAGUUGAGUAUCGACCACUGGAAGGAUUUGUUUAUGCAAUCACACCAUUCAAUUUCACAGCAAUUGGUGGUAAUUUACCAGGAGCACCAGCUCUAAUGGGUAAUGUUGUACUCUUGAAACCUUCACCUUUUGCCACUCUAUCAAAUUGGAUAGUUUUGGAAAUACUCAGAGAAGCAGGACUUCCAGAUGGUGUGAUACAAUGGAUUCCUGGUCCAGCUGUCGAGAUCACUCAACAAAUAUUGAAGUCACCUGAAUUUGCAUCGUUACAUUUCACUGGAUCAACUUCUGUAUUUAAACAGUUGUGGAAAGAUAUUGGUAAUAAUAUUGAUAUUUAUAAAUCAUAUCCAAGAAUUGUUGGCGAGACUGGUGGGAAGAAUUAUCAUAUGGUACAUGAGUCUGCUGAUGUGUCGAAUGCUGUCAAUCAGACAAUUCGUGCUGCUUUUGAAUACUCAGGCCAAAAAUGUUCAGCUUGCUCUCGUGCUUACGUACCUGACUCAAUAUGGGAACAGUUUAGUAAAUUGUUAUUGCAACAAAUUAAUAAAAUUAAAGUUGGACCUGUUGAAGACUUUACCAACUUUAUGGGUGCUGUUAUCCAUAAAGGUUCUUUUGAAAAGAUUAAAAAUUAUAUUGAAUGGGCAAAACAAGAUCCAGACAGUAAUAUUAUAGCAGGUGGAACCUAUAAUGAUUCAAAAGGUUAUUUCAUUCAACCAACAGUAAUAGUCACCAAAAAUCCAAAAAGUCGAACUAUAGCUGAAGAAAUUUUUGGAUAUAAAUCAGAUGAAUUUGAAAAGACACUUGAUUUGGCAAAUGAAACAUCCGGUUAUGCAUUAACAGGAGCAAUUUUUGCACAAGAUCGUUCAGUAAUUGUGAAGGCAGAAAACAAAUUACGAUACGCAUCUGGUAAUUUCUAUAUUAAUGAUAAAUCUACUGGUGCUAUAGUAGGUCAACAACCUUUUGGUGGCGCACGUGCAUCUGGAACAAAUGAUAAAGCCGGAAGUCAUACUUUGAUUCUUCAUGAUCAAAAAACAAAAAUAAAAUCUGAUCCAAAUAUCAUAAAUGAAGCAAUCGAGGGAGCACUGAUAGCUAAAAAAAAUUGGGAAACUUUACCAUUUAGCGAUAGAUCUGCUAUAUUCUUAAAAGCUGCUGAUUUAGUUGCUAAUAAAUAUCGGUUUAAAUUGAUGGCUGCCACAAUGCUUGGUCAGGGUAAAAAUACAUGGCAAGCAGAAAUAGACGCUUCUGCGGAACUAGUAGACUUUUGGAAAUUUAAUUGUCAAUAUGCGCAGGAUAUAUAUCAACAACAACCGCCUAGAAAUGCAUCUGGAACUGGGAACAGAGUUGAGUAUCGACCACUGGAAGGAUUUGUUUAUGCAAUCACACCAUUCAAUUUCACAGCAAUUGGUGGUAAUUUACCAGGAGCACCAGCUCUAAUGGGUAAUGUUGUACUCUUGAAACCUUCACCUUUUGCCACUCUAUCAAAUUGGAUAGUUUUGGAAAUACUCAGAGAAGCAGGACUUCCAGAUGGUGUGAUACAAUGGAUUCCUGGUCCAGCUGUCGAGAUCACUCAACAAAUAUUGAAGUCACCUGAAUUUGCAUCGUUACAUUUCACUGGAUCAACUUCUGUAUUUAAACAGUUGUGGAAAGAUAUUGGUAAUAAUAUUGAUAUUUAUAAAUCAUAUCCAAGAAUUGUUGGCGAGACUGGUGGGAAGAAUUAUCAUAUGGUACAUGAGUCUGCUGAUGUGUCGAAUGCUGUCAAUCAGACAAUUCGUGCUGCUUUUGAAUACUCAGGCCAAAAAUGUUCAGCUUGCUCUCGUGCUUACGUACCUGACUCAAUAUGGGAACAGUUUAGUAAAUUGUUAUUGCAACAAAUUAAUAAAAUUAAAGUUGGACCUGUUGAAGACUUUACCAACUUUAUGGGUGCUGUUAUCCAUAAAGGUUCUUUUGAAAAGAUUAAAAAUUAUAUUGAAUGGGCAAAACAAGAUCCAGACAGUAAUAUUAUAGCAGGUGGAACCUAUAAUGAUUCAAAAGGUUAUUUCAUUCAACCAACAGUAAUAGUCACCAAAAAUCCAAAAAGUCGAACUAUAGCUGAAGAAAUUUUUGGAUAUAAAUCAGAUGAAUUUGAAAAGACACUUGAUUUGGCAAAUGAAACAUCCGGUUAUGCAUUAACAGGAGCAAUUUUUGCACAAGAUCGUUCAGUAAUUGUGAAGGCAGAAAACAAAUUACGAUACGCAUCUGGUAAUUUCUAUAUUAAUGAUAAAUCUACUGGUGCUAUAGUAGGUCAACAACCUUUUGGUGGCGCACGUGCAUCUGGAACAAAUGAUAAAGCCGGAAGUCAUACUUUGUUGUAUCGAUUUCUUUCAAUGCGUACUAUCAAAGAAAAUUUCAUCAAUAUUGAAGAUUUUACUUACCCAUCAAAUCUUACUUGA